UAGGAAGAAAAACACUGCGGAAUAUUCUCUGAGGCACAUGAUACACGUUAGUUGCUCUGAAACAAACAAGGUAAAACAAACAAAUUAGAUUAAAAAAAAAAAAAAACCACUGUCCACUGGAUCACAGAAACCGAACUGGUGCAACAGGUGUUCAACAUCCUGCGGGCGUCAGACAGAAAAAGAGCGGAUAACUGGCCCACAUCAUCGGGCAAAACAUAGAGAGCAGGUCAGUUUACCAGUCAGAUACACAACAAUGGACUGAGUUUUAUUUCAACAUGUAAAACGUGCUGCUUAUUAAAAUGUGCAGCUUAUGAACAGAAACGGAUCUUGCUUUGACCGUUUGGCUCUGGAAAGAUGUGGAGCGACAACUGAGCUGUCCGACAAAAUUAACUCACUGAAAAUAUCUCAAACUUUGUAAGUACAAUGCUGAUCCCAUCCACACGGUGAACUGAUCGGGCUCGCACCAGGCAACCGAAAAGAAGGGAGUCGUCCAGUCUGCAGCAGUCAUGGUGGUGGAGGGGGACAGGACGCUGCUCGCUGCAAGGCAGGGGGAUGUGCAGACCCUCAAAGUGCAGUUAGCGGCAAAAGCGCUCACCAGCGACAUCAAGGAUGUCCUGGGGGCUUCGCCGGUCCACCACGCAGCCCGGGCAGGAAAACUGACCUGCCUGCGUUUCCUGGUGGAAGAGGCUGGACUGCCGGGCAACUGCCUGGCGAACAACGGGGCAAGCCCGGCGCAUGACGCAGCAGCCACCGGUAACCUGGCCUGCUUACAGUGGCUACUGACCCAGGGUGGAUGUCGGCCUGAGGACAAGGACAGCUCUGGUGCCACUGUUCUCCAUCUUGCAUCCCGCUUCAGUCACCAUGAGGUCACUGAUUGGCUGCUGAAGAGUGGUGAGGUGGAUCCCGGGGCCUCCACCGAUACAGGCGCCCUACCUGUUCACUAUGCUGCUGCCAAGGGAGACCUUCCGUCUCUCCGACUGUUAUUGGGGCACAGCCCAAGCGUUGUCAACUCCAAAACUAAGAAUGGUGCCACACCGCUCUACCUGGCCUGCCAGGAGGGUCAUCUUGAGGUCGUCCAAUUCCUGGUCAAGGACUGCGGAGCGGAUCCAACCAUCAGAGCCAAUGACGGGAUGACACCACUGCAUGCUGCUGCCCAGAUGGGCCACAACACAGUCAUCGUCUGGCUGAUAAGUUUCACAGAGAUCAGUCUGACUGACAAGGACAGUGACGGGGCCACGGCCAUGCACUUUGCAGCCAGUCGUGGCCAUGCAAAGGUGCUCAGCUGGUUGCUGCUGCACGGAGGAGAGAUUGUCAAUGACAACUGGGGAGGGACUCCACUUCACGAUGCAGCAGAGAACGGUGAACUGGAGUGCUGUCAGAUUCUUGUGGUCAAUGGUGUGGACCUGGGCAUUAGGGACCAGGACGGCUUCACAGCAGCCGACCUGGCUGAAUACAAUGGCCACUCCCAGUGUGCCAAGUACCUGCGCACUGUGGAGAACAUGAGUGUUGAGCAUCGUGUGUUGUCCCGGGACCCCUCAACGGACCUGGAGUACAAGCAGCCGGACUCGGGCCUCUCGUCCCCAAACACCACUAUGCCCCCCACCAGCCAGGUGGCACACUUUGACAUCAGUUCACCAUCCAGCUCCCUGUCCAACUACGACUCAGCCAACUCAAGCCAGUCUAGCACUGGUGAAAAGAGGAGCAGCUUAACAAUGUCACGAGGCCCGCCUGCUCAGCUGAACACAGUUGCACAUGCAGACAUGCAGGCGUACAUGGACAUGCUAAACCCAGACAUUGGCUCUGACAUUCCCAAGAAGAAAGACAUGCCAGAUGAAGCCACCUCCAAGCCCCCACCACCACCAACCUAUCCGCCCCCGCCUCCCCCACAGGCUCCUCCGGCGCCCCCUCCGCCCCCAAGCUUCCCAGCUCCACAGCCCCCUCAGGAGCCAUCGUCAGCUGAGUUCCUGAAGGUGAAAAGCAACUUGCGGCAUGUGGAGAGCAACUCUGGCAAGAAGGAGCUCACUACUGGAGAAAACCACGAGAAAUUACGGCGUGUGGAUUCAAACAGGAAGUCGAGGAGCUUCAGUAAGCAGCCCAGCACUGGGGACUACUAUAAGACCCUGGGCAGUGACACGGCUGAGCCCCGUGGGAGCAAAGGCAUGGCCCCCAACGAGGAGGGCUCCGUGUUAUUGGAGGAGCCUAACGACAGUCCCGCCCACAGUUCUGAGAAUGGCACCACAGAGGAAUCCGUCCCACCCCCACCUCCACCACCUCCACCACCUCUUCCCCCAAGCAACCAGACGCCAACACCCCCUCCACCUCCUCCGUUGCCCCCAGAGACGCCAGCCACCCAGAAUAAUACCAGCACUACUUCCUCCAACCAGCGACGCCCAUCUUCCUCAUCAGGAAGCACAAAAUCUUUCAACAUGAUGUCCCCCACUGGCGACAACUCAGAGCUGCUGGCAGAGAUCAAAGCAGGGAAGAGCCUCAAGCCCACACCUCACAGUAAAGGCUACACCACCGUCUUUUCCAACAGUGGACCCACAGGCAACAAUGGAAACGCCACAUCUCCACCCGAGACCCGUCCAUCUAGCCCACCAGCCAAGCCAUCAUCCCCUCCACCACCCAAUACAUCCAUCACCUCUCCACCACCCAAUACAUCCGUCACCUCUGCACCAUCCAAUGCAUCUGUCACCUCCCCACCCACCACCCCAAGUCCCAGCCCCAGUCCCACUGGCUCUGGAUCUGCCAGGACCUUGUCCACCUCUGCGAGCUAUGAGCAACUACCUUCCAACUCUGUGAUCAAUGGGAACAGUGGUGGUGGCACUACAGGAGCCGAGUCGGGACGGAAGACUAGCCUUGCAGACGUAGAGGCACUAGUGCCCACUCAUGACGAACAGGGAAAAGCGAUACCUGAAUGGAAGAGGCAGGUGAUGGUGCGAAAGCUUCAGGUCAAGAUGCAAGAGGAGGAGGAGCACAAGCGUAAGGCAGAAGAGGAGGCAGCACGCCUGGCAUCAAUGCCGGCCUGGAGGAGAGACAUGAUGAAGAAGAAAAUGGACGAAGAGAGGGAACAAAAAAGGAAAGCCGAGGAGGAGGCCAAACAGGCGAAGGAGAUGGAGGAGAAGACAGAGCUGGAGCGACUGCGGACCUUGGGCUACGAUGAGACCAAGCUGGCCCCAUGGCAGCGGCAGAUUAUCUUGAAGAAAGGGGAUAUAACCAAACAGUGAACUGGGCUGUCCCCCCGUCCUUUGCCCUGCAGCACUCCCCACCCUCACACGCUCGCCCCACGGGCUUCACUGACCACCUUCCCUGUCCCUGAUCCUCCACCCUGCGCAGUACACUGGACAGUGGGGAAGGGCUUUUCUCCCCUGAACCCUGUCUGACUCUUCGGUCUCCAGAAACACAGGACCAUGCUGUGGUUGCUGCUGUCCACAGGGCCUCUGAGGCUCAGCUUGAGUGAAACACAGCACCUCACACUGAAUGUCUCUCGGACACAAACUCUUGGCACUGAUUCUCCUUCUUAAGACAUUUGCUAUAACAGCAUCUGUCCUGAACUAAAUUAGGAUUAUCUAUAGAAUCUUUUCCUGCAAAUCAAUAGAAGCUAUUUUACAUACAGUAGUGGAUUUAAGAGGCUUAUGAUAGAUUGAAAGUGUCUACUUGUGAGCAUUUUUGCCAUGUGGAAAAAGCCUGUUAUUGCAUUAUUUUCCCUUUAUUAGCCCCACUCUCCAUUAAGAAAUGAUUGGAAUAGUAGCUCCUUAACAGUUUUGUCAUCUAAACGUGGCAUGGACAUACAAAGCAGAGGCUUAUUACACCCUGAAGCAGCUAAUGCAUUAUGUAUGUAGACAGUAUCACAUCUUUAUCAUGUCAUAUACUUAGUCAUGAGACUUUUGUAUCAAACUCAUAGAAGCACUUUCUAAUUUGCUUGAUUUUACUGCCAGAGUUUUAAUCCUAACACUGCUCAAACUAAUCUCUUUCUUUAUAUAAACUUGUUGUCAUUUCUCCAUGGAUUUGGAAUAUUGAUAUAAAUCCUAUUUUAAAUAACAUAAAAAAUUAUGUAGUUGUGCAAAUCGAAUAUUAUUAAUUGGAUUUGGAAAAAAAGCUGCAAUGUUCCAAUUUCAUUUUUCUAUAUGUGACCUAAAUGUUCAGCUAUUGUGAUCAUGAAUGUGAAAUGUUGUGUGCGAUAAUGUGUAUCAAGCAUUUUGUGAUGCAUUAUUGAGCACAUUUGACCCCAGGGCCCUGACACAGUACAAACACAGUGUGUACAGUCCUGCUAGGUUCUAUUUGGAUGUGGCCUCUACAAAAACAACAACAACAAACAAACAAACAAAACAUGCACAUGUGUAGAGAAGCAGACAUCUCUCUGCACACACUGAAUUUUGCAAAAGUAGAGAAAAGACAUCAGUUUAUCUCUGUGUGUUGUUCCGGCCUUUGUCCCAUUAACCUGGGGGAUGAAUCUUUGAUGAGCAGAUCUGCUUACAGAGUGCUCUCUGUCCACCACAAACAGCUGUGACAUCAAAAAGGUACUGUUCUUAGAGAAUGUCAGUUGUGCUUUGGUAAUAUGCAGCCACUAGUAUGAAGAGUCCAAAUUCAAUACCUGACCCAGUGUCUUUGGUCAAACAUCUGAUCACAAAAAUGACUGACAAAGGUUAUACAAUGUACUGUAUAAUUAACUGUAGAUGUUUGACAGAACUGACACAAAUGCCAAGUUGAUUAUUAUACAGCUAAUUUUAUUCAUAAUCUCUCUGAUCUAAACAGCUCCUUCCAGUUCCAGGUGUUUAAGAGUCCCAGGAUUCACACAUUAGUUCAUUCAUUUGAGGUUAAAUAUGGAAAUGUGGAAAAUCUGAGUUGAAUAAUUCUGAGCGAUCUGAGGAGACACAGAGAUUUUGGCAAAUCAUGAACCUGUGCACUGAUAUGUAAGAGUAACUGAAACUCCCAAUCAUGGUGGAUGUCUCUCUCUGAAUAUGAAACACAGGUAUUCCCACAUGAUAGAAAAUACUCUCUAUGUUUACUACAAUUAUGUUGGAUGUAUGUUUUUACAAAUGUAGGGUAUUGAGCGUAUGCCUGUUGUCAUGAAAGACAUGAUCCUGGUUGGGGAAUCAUUUGGAAAUAUUAAAAUUCAUUUUCAUCGGAUGCCAUAUGAUGUUGAAAUUGAAAAUUAUGUAAACGUCAUUGCCAUUUGAUUUUCUAUAUAUAUAUAUAUACCUUAUCUAUAUAUAUAAUUUCUGUAUAUAGUUACCCUCUUAGAAUUUUGUCAUUUCAUUGUUUCCUUAUUGCAUUAUAUUACAUGUCUCAGCCUUGCUUGACUAGAACAUCGGCUAAUUCAUGUAUAUUUUCAGACUGUUGAAAAUGAAGAAAAUAAAUCUUU